UCAAAAUCAGCUGUCAAAGCGGCGUGAAGAUUCAAGAUUUAUUUUACAAUUUAUUUUAUUGCUGAAGAUUUAUUAAAAUUUCUUUUGUUACAAAGUUUCUCAUAAAUCAUUCAUGGAGUAAUAAAAGAGAUUGAAGGAAUUUCCCUGCACUCGAAGAACUCUUGAGAUCUUUGAUAAAACUACAAUCCAGAUACGUUCUCCCAUUUAAUUGAGGACUCAGACAUUUCCGGCAGUAUGUCCAGCCAAAUGAAGCAAUCCAGUGCUGGACAGAAUGGUCCGUUUGACACACUUCUUGGGGCAAAUGAAAUAAAAAUCCUCAUUCCGGAAUUCAAUCCCAGUAAAUUCAGGGAUUUGUACGCCAAUGAGUGGAUAAAUGACGUUGAAACACUCGGAAGGAUACACAAAUGGGACAAUCCACGUCUCCUGUUGUACGCUACAAUGAGAUUGGGCGGCAUUGCCAGGGUGUGGUAUGAGUACUCCUUGGAGGGCAUUACCUGCUGGGAUGACUUCAAAUGGGACCUGCUGAGUAACUUCCCGAGAACUGUUGAGGCUGCUGAUGUACACGCGAAGCUCGCCAAGAGGACGCGACAACCCAAUGAGGCAAUUGAGGAAUUUGUUCACAACACUGUGAAGCUGGCAAGGAAGAUUCAACUGGAUGACUGUGAGAUUGUUGAGUACCUCAUUCAGGGAAUUGAUCAGCCAAAACAUCAAAUGGUGCUGUCUUCAUUGGGAAUUUGUAGUCCGAGUGAAUUUCUGCAGCAUAUGCAACUCCUUGAGGAUGAUUCCAACGGAGCCGUGAGUUCCAGGCAUUCAAAGGAAGUCAGUCCACGCUUGAAAGAUCAUCAGAUGAGCACCAGAAGGCAGGAAAUUCAGGAAUACUUUGAUGGUGGAGAAUCUCUAAAGCAAAGAGAUAGAAUGAUAACAACUGAUGAAGAUUCUUUUGACCAGAGACCGUCAAGAUCGUUCAGACCACGAGAUUUUCAAGAUCCAGAAGAUUGGAGAUCAGGAAGAUCAUCACAUCCGUUCAUGCACAAUCCUGGAUCAUUUUCUGGUUCCUUUCCGUUCAAUCAGAUACAAAGUUUUGGGCCUUAUGAUGAGAGAUUCUUUCCGUCUUAUGAUCCUUGUGAUGGGAGACCGUUAGCAUCUACUUCUGAUCCAUACAAUCGUAGAUUGUUACCACCGAGUCAUAAUCAAGGAUCAUUUUCUGGAAGUGCUGCUGAUCCUAUAACAUAUCCUGGAGCUUCAUUCCAAAGCAGAUCAUCGCCUUUUUCAUUUCAACGAAGAUCUUCGCCUCCUGCUUCAUUUGAACGCAGAUCUUCGCCUCCUGCUUCAUUUCAAUGCAGAUCUUCACCUCCUGCUUCAUUUCAACGCAGAUCUUCGCCUCCUGCUUCAUUUCAACGCAGAUCUUCGCCUCCUGCUUCAUUUCAACAAAGAUCACAUCAACUCAAUCCUCAAGCAUCAAAAGAAAAUUCAGAUAAUCCCAGAAUGAAGAGACCUCACUCACCUGAUAAGAAAAAUCCCAUCGAAAGCUCAGAUAAGAAGGAAGCUGGACCUAAAGGAAAGAAAAAGAAACUCAAAAAAUGCUUCUCUUGCAUGUCAACAGAUCAUUUGAUAGUGGACUGUCCCAAGAAAACAGGAAAGAAAGAUCCUGAGGAGAAACAACAUCAAGCUACAAAAGAAAUAAUUCAAAGUCAUCAACAGGCUACCUCUUCUUCCACGUCAAACAUCCCAGAUAAGGAGAAGCCGAAGGAAGACGUUGGUUUGAAGAAAGAAAACACAAAAAUCUUGAAGGAGCCUGAGAACAGGAUGCAACAGUAUGCUGAUAUGAUCGCUAAGCAGGAACUUCUGGCAAAGGGGAAAGCAUGGCUUGGACAUCUACAGGCAAAAGAUGGAAAGAUCGUGCAUAUACAGAAAAUCCUUGAUGGAAGGAUAAAGAAGGAUCCCCAGGAAAAGGUAGUUCGGAUGAUGUUUCAACUUAUAAAUGGAGGUGUCUAUCAUUUCCGGGCAAAUGGAUUGCUCUACUAUGUACCAGUAGGCAUCAUAAGGGAUCUCAUCCUCUAUUGCCACUAUGCAAUUGGCCAUGCUGAUGGGUAUGAAACAUACAAGCAUAUGGAUACAAUUUUUUGGCUACCAAGUAUGCAGAAAGUGGUCAAGAAGAUCCUACAGCGUUGUCCUGAGUGCAUUGAAAGCAGUGCAGGAUCAGCAGGACGUAGUAUGCCAAGUAAACUAAAGGGGAAAUACAUUCCCUUCUCAGUACUCAGCAUUGGCUUCUGUGGCCCAUUUGAUGCUACAGAACGAAGAAAUCAAUAUGUCUUCAUUAUGAUUGAUUUAUUCAGUGAAUACGUAAUGCUGCGACCUGUUGUAGCGCCAAUUGCUGCAGUUGCCAUUAAAGCCCUAACGGAAGUUGCUGUGAAUUUAGUCAUCCCAUCGGUUGUUGUGAGCAACAACGUGCCUCCCUUCACGACUCCUCAAUUCAGGGACUUCUGCGCAGACAAUGGCAUUCACCAGGAACUCCUAAAUGAACGAAACCUGUCGAAGGAACAACAGAAAGCUCUGUCAUUCCUGCAGUGCAUACAAAACAAUGUUAAUGUGAUGCUUAUGCUGCGUGGAAACCAGGAUUGGGAUAAGAAAAUUGAUUUGGUGCGAUGCUCCCAAGCUAGUCCCACUCCAUAUGAUCCAAAGAAGAAACCCGUAAAGACUCCACCGAAGCCAACAGCACAAGACAAGAUUCUCAGCUACACGCCAAUACCUUCUAUUGUUGAGAAAUUGUACAAAGCACUCCAGAAGGAUGAAGCCGUUGAAACAUUUGAAAUGAUUGAGCUGCUCCCUGAUGAAGGUCCAAGCAGUGCAGAAGGAAGACUCUCAGCAGAACCUCUGCAGACGUACAAAGAGGAUGAACUUGUUCUAGUUUACCACAAUAUCCUACCCUUCCGAACAAUCCAAAGGACCAUCAAUUCUCAUUACAGAGGUCCAUACGUUGUGAAGAAGGUUCUAGAUGAUGGCAAAUACGUGGUAACUUCAACAGUUUGCAACUCAGGAUACAAAUUCAUGAGAAUAUGUCCUGGAAGGUGUUUGAAGAAAUGGAUCACUCAACGGGAUUUGGAUAAGAUGCAAUUUGGGAAUUUUAAUUAAUUAAUUAAAAAAACAACAUGAACUUUAA